CAAGAAAAAAUAUUUGGAAAGAAAACCGAUUGCUUAGUUAAGGAUUAGUAAUGACCAUAAUGUCUACAACAUCUAACACAUGGCCCUGUAAGGAAUAAAAAAAAAUAUCUGUAACACAUUGGAAAAUUGUCUUGUAUAGUAUCGGCAUCUAGUUACUUUUAAGAUUCUUGACAAUAAUUUUAAAUUAUUAGAAAAAAUAAAGUUCUUGUUACAAAUUGACAACAAGGAAAUCUAACCUUGAAAUUAUAAUAAACAAAAUGGAGUCACCAGCAACAGAGACAGUAACGACUACAAUUUCUUUUGACUGUGAGCUAGAAUUGAGUAAAAAACGAGGAUGGGUCGAUUCAAAUAUUUUCCACUUAGACUGCGCUCCUGAAGUUAACUUUAAAGUUUCCGCGUACAUUAAUUACCGGAAUACUCGAGUAAACAUAAAAGUUAGCAAAAGUGAAGUUGAAGUUGCCUAUGCCAUAGUAAAAAUUACAGUCCCUGGGACGCCAACUAUACUUGAAGAUGUGUCAGGAUGGAAGGAUGCAGUUUAUUUUCAAGACGUGUCAAUUCCUGCUAAUUCUGAUAUAUGUUCGAAAUUAGGGUUAAACUGUAAUCCAGCUGAUUCUGAUGAGCAUGUGUACCAGAUUAAAAUAAACUGUUCAAUAAUAUGGUUUGGAUUUAUCGAUGACCUCCGGUACUCAGAGGCUGUAUACUCAAACAUACAGAAAUAUUGUACAGUCGAGUCUAGUGACAUUAAGAUAAAAGUUGAAGAUACUGAUUUUCUAGCACAUAAAUUUAUUUUACGAACGGAAAGUAAGGUAUUUGAAAAAAUGUUGGCAAAAGAUGUUAAAUUAGAAGAAAAUUGCAUUUAUCUUUCGGAUCUUGAAGUUGAUGUUAUUAAAGAGUUGUUAUUGUUUAUAUAUUAUGGUAAACUACAAGAAGCUGUUGUUGAUAAUGAAUUGACAUUGAAAUUAUUUAAAGCCGCUUCAGUUUAUCAGCUGUCAAAAUUGAAAAAUGUGUGCGCAUUAUUGCUGAGUAAUAAAUUGACAUUUGAUAAUGUAAAGAUGUUAAUGAAAAUAGGCACUCUUUAUAAUUCAUCGAUAUUGAGACAAAGAGCUAUUGCUUAUAUAAUUAAUAAUCGAUUAGAAUUUUUAUGUCCAGACGAUCUCUAAACUUUAAGAUAAAUAGUUGACAUUAACGAUAUCAAUAAUUUUUUAUUACAAUGUAUAUUUUUUA